UUCGAUGGAGGUGUUCCUACGGCAAGUCAAUAUGUGUUGGGUUUAUCGGUUGAUCCAGAUUAUCCAACAGUGUAUCGCUUUCUAAUGGAUUACCAUCGUUCUGCAUAUAGGCCUCAUAUCCUUGUUGCCUAUUAUUAUUGUUCACCUGAUUCAUCGAAGAUCCCCAACACAGCGUUAAUUCGAGUCGUGUUUACUGAUCCAACUGUUUUUCCUAACACAAGCCGACCUUCGGCUUUUGUUCAAAUUAAUAUUAAAAUUUCAACACCAAACGAUCUUCAUUCCGAUUUUCCUUUC